AAAAUAAAACGUCCUGCCAAAACAGAGUUCUUGUUCUUAUAAGGCCUAGCCGGCACCGCUCUUUCGUCCCGUUCAGUUAGCGUACCGUCGCCGAAAAUGAGUGAAAUGGCCAAACACCUUUGCGGUACGAAUGGGUGCGAAAAGUCCGCUACCCUGCAGUGCCCAGUCUGCUUGAAAAUGGGCAUCCAAGGGUCCUACUUUUGUAGUCAGGAUUGCUUCAAAGGUUCCUGGAAGUCGCACAAAGUUAUUCAUCUCCUAGCUAAGGGAAAGGAAACGAAUGGGUACAAUCCGUGGCCUUACUAUACGUUCACGGGCAAGUUGCGCCCGUUCGAGCAGUCACCGAUGCGCACGGUGCCGACAACGAUCCCGCGCCCCGAUUAUGCCGACCACAAGGAGGGCCGCUCGAAGUCGGAAGAAGCGCUGCGGGGGAACAACAUUAUCAAAAUUCUGGAUGACGAAGAAAUUGAAGGGAUGCGAGUGGCGUGUCGGCUGGGACGGGAAGUGCUAGACGAAGCGGCCCGGGUGUGCGAUGUCGGCGUCACAACGGACGAAAUCGAUCGUGUCGUGCAUGAGGCGUGCAUCGAGCGAGAAUGCUACCCCAGUCCGCUCAACUAUUACAACUUUCCGAAAUCUUGCUGCACUUCGGUGAACGAAGUCAUUUGCCAUGGAAUUCCGGACAUGCGUCCGCUGGAGGAUGGCGAUCUGUGCAAUGUGGACGUGACGGUCUACCAUCGUGAAUUUCAUGGAGACUUGAACGAGACGUUCUUUGUCGGUCACGUGAAGGAGCAGCACAAAAAGUUGGUGCAGGUCACCUACGAGGCGUUGGCCAAGGCUAUUGCCAUUGUUAAACCAGGGGAACGGUACCGCGAGAUCGGCAACGUUAUUCAGAAGCACGUGCAAACACACGGAUACAGCGUAGUCAAGAGCUACUGUGGACACGGCAUCCACAGACUGUUUCACACGGCUCCAAAUGUACCUCAUUAUGCCAAAAAUACUGCCGUUGGGGUCAUGAAACCGGGGCACUGCUUCACGAUCGAGCCCAUGAUUUCGGAGGGAACGUGGCGCGAUGUUUCGUGGCCCGACGAUUGGACGGCAGUGACGGCCGACGGGCUGUAUUCGGCCCAGUUCGAGCAAACGCUUCUCGUAACCGAGACCGGCUGCGAUAUCCUCACGAAGCGACGCAACGAAAACGGAACACCUCACUUCAUGGACCAGAUGUGAGGCUUGCGCGACGAGCGCCAACAAGCUAUUCUAAUAAUCUACCCAAAUGCUCUCCGCGGUCCAUAACAUACAUCCCCGUUUCUUCUACUUAAUAAAAGCCAUCGUUUUGAUCCGUUUAGGAAAGA